AUGGUAUAGAGCAAUAAUGGCUCACACCAACUUUUAAAUCCCGAUCCUUCCCCACGCUUCCCCCCCGUCCCCUUCCAACAUGCACCUCAUUGCCGUCCCCUCCAUCGCCGUUGCUAGACUCCUAGCCGCCGCCUCUCAACUAGUUUUCUGUUGGGUGGAUUUUCAAAAACCCCCAAUGCGCCAAACGCCAUAGCUCGCUCGAUAGUUGACAGAAUUGAGUGAUUUGACUUGCAAAAGAACUUUCUUGGUGUCAGCUACAACGUCGUAAAAUUUCGGACUGUUUCAUCGCUUGGAUUGUCAGAUAUCGCUUUCCGAAGUUUGCACACUUUCCUGGAUGUGAUCACGAAGUGCUACUGAAAUUUCUACCAAGUCCUAUUUUCAUCAGCUAGCUGCCAUCUUUCCCCAUCUUUUGCCUCCUCACCUGCACCUGCUCAUCGCCGCCUUACCACUGCUGCAGCCCCGCCGCGGGUCCACCCGCCGCCGCUCCCUCCCGGCCACCGCGGGUCCACCCGCCGUCGCCUUCCUCCCACUCCGUGUCACCAAUGGCAUCCUUUCCCCCUCCCGUUGACGUCUCGACCCUCGAUCAUUUCGUGCGCGCUGCCGACAACUCAGCAACCAACUGGUAUUCCUUCGUCGGCAGCCUCCACCGCGUCCUCGGCAGUGCUUAUGUCCUGCCGUUCCGCCUCCUGGACAUCAUGCUUGGUCUCCCAGAGGGUGACCUUGGGGACCCGCCGCCUCACCCUGACGAUCCCCCCCCUCUCAUUCCCCAUCCCGGCGAGGAACCUCCGCCCCCCAUGGUACCCGUUGGCACCAGCACUCGCGCUGCCACCGCUGAAGUUGAGCAGCUCUUCCUUACUCAGCGUCGUGAGUUCCUCGUGCUCCAUACUGAUUACCUGAUCGCGUUGGAGGAACACGAGCGGUCGGCAACCCUCCGCACCCAGCAUGCCGCUACCGCCGCCGCUUAUGCCGCUGACUCUGCGCGAUUUGCUGAGCAUCGUCGCGCCUGGCUCGAGGCGGACAGCCGUGCUACUGGUGCCCUUCUCCUUGCCAUCCCGUCUGCGCUCAUGCGCAACUUCCAGGCACGUCGCAUCGGCUCCCGCCAGAUCUGGCUCGAGCUUGAGGCAAUGUUCGAACGCACCGACUUCGAUGCUGUCGGACCGCUCUUCAAGGAAUACUUCAGCAUCACGAUCGAACAUAGUGCUGGCGCCGUUGACUACACCAGCCGUCUCCUGGACCUUGCCUCCCGCCUUGAGGCUCGCCAGACUACUCUCCCCCCCAACCUUCAGAUCUACCGUCUCCUCGAAGGCCUCUCCCCUCAAUAUGAAGUGCACGUCAUCGCCUUCACUGAGGCUCAGCCCCGCGCCUCCCUUGACACUGUGGUCCAAUGGAUCAUUGACGCUGAGGCCCGCCUUCUCUCAACCCCCCCCUCCGGCCUGAACUCCACCGAGUCCCAAAACCCCCAGCUUGCAGGCGGGUGAGCGCUGCACCCAAACCAACCAUCCCCCCGCGACCUGCUCCAGGAUGUCAAAACUCUUCCGUCUUUCCUCCCCUCUCAUCUUCAGCUCUCCUCCUCCUCCUCCUCCUCUGUCGCUGACCCCAUAACUCCCCAGGAGCUGCAGCAGACUCCCAUGAGGAGCUCAUUGGCGUUCAGCAACAAACACCUUCCCUCACGCCUCUCUACCCGGGCUUCCUUGGCCUCCUUAUCCUUGGCAUCGCUACCGCUCCCACCAGAUUCACUCCGUCCAACUUCCUUGAGGCCAUCACCUGCCCCGAUGCUGCCAAGUGGAUCCAGGCUAUCUUUGCUGAAUGCGAGGCCUUCAUCCGCAAUGCCUCAUUCGUUAACAUUGUCCCCUCUCCUGACGACGUCAUUGUUGAAGGCCUCUGGGUGUUCCGAGUGAAGCAGCUGCCGGGUGAGGAGCCGGUCUACAAGGCCCGGUAUUGUGCCAAGGGCUUCACCCAAACCCAUGGCAUCGACUACUGGGAGACAUUCUCUCCCACUGCCAAGCUCCCAACUCUCCGUGCCAUCCUCGACUAUGCUGUUCGCGUUGGCAUGGAGAUUGCCUCCAUGGAUGUCUCCAACGCCUUCCUGCAAGGCGAGCUUCAGGAGCGGGUCCUC